AUGAGAAGAGCAGAGGUAGAACUUCUGGUUAAUUCACUUAUAGGAGCGUCUAAAAUAAGAGAAACCGUGGAUGUUAGCUCGAAAAUAGCCUCGUUGAAUGCAGAUAUGACUUGCCUUAUGGUGUUUGGAAAGAAGUACGAAGACAAGGAUCUUGGAAAAGGGUUCAAAGCCGUGGUUAGAGAGGCCGUGCAGGUGGGUACGAUUCCCAAUCUUGGGGACUAUUUUCCGUAUAUUGGGGUGCUUGAUCUUCAGGGAUUGACGGUCAGAAUGAAGGCUCUUGCCAAGGUGUUUGAUGGUUUUCUUGAAAAGAUUAUUGAAGAUCAUGUUCAGUAUAAGGAAGAUAAUAAGCAGACUAAGGAUAUUGUGGAUACUAUGAUGGCCAUUAUGGAAUCUGGAGAUGCUUCAUUUGAAUUUGAUCGCCGCCAUGUCAAGGCUGUGAUGCUGGACUUGAUUAUUACAGGAAUCGACACUUCAACUGCUGCCGUAGAAUGGGUGCUUUCUGAACUCAUUAAGCAUCCCGAAGUGAUGAAAAAACUCCAGAAAGAAUUAGAUGCCGCUAUCGGAUUAGACAGAACGGUGGAGGAAUCCGACCUUGACAAUCUCGAAUACCUGAACAUGGUAAUAAAGGAAACGUUUAGACUUCAUCCUGUGGCACCCUUGUUACUCCCUCACGAAUCCAUGGAAGAUUGUGCAGUUGAUGGCUACCAUAUACCCAAAGGAUCUCGCAUACUAGUGAAUACAUGGGCUAUAGGGAGAGAUCCAAAUGUGUGGGCAGAAGCAGAGAAAUUCCAACCAGAAAGGUUUCUUGGAAGUGAUAUAGAUCUCCGGGGACGCCAUUUCCAGCUCUUACCUUUUGGCUCCGGCCGAAGAGGGUGCCCUGGGAUACAGUUAGCACUGGUGGUGGUUCGGUUACUGGUGGCUCAACUAGUGCAUUGCUUCGAUUGGGAGCUUCCAAAUGGGAUGCUUCCCAGUGAUUUGAACAUGGCUGAAUAUUUUGGGUUAGUAACUACCAGAGCUGAGCAUUUAAUGGCCAUUCCAACCUACAGGUUGCAUAAGUAA